CUGCACAAUGUGUGAGUGUGACGCUUUCGCUCCGGCGCUCGUGCAUCCUUCAGCACACACACCUGCUGCUCGCACGUGCCUACAGGUGUGCAGAUGUCAUAGCAUCAUGGCAGCUUUUAAAGGCAUUUGGACCAAAGCGUUCUGGCGUGCAGUGUCUGGUGAAUUCUUAGCCACACUAAUCUUUGUGCUUAUCAGUCUUGGCUCAACCAUCAACUGGGCAUUAGACAAGGAGAAACCGCCACCUGCUGACCUGGUGCUCAUCUCGCUCUGUUUCGGGUUGAGCAUCGCUACCAUGGUGCAGUGUUUCGCUCAUAUCAGUGGAGGCCACAUAAACCCGGCUGUCACUGCUGCCAUGCUUGUCACCAGAAAGAUGAGUCUUGCCAAGGCCUUGUUUUACGUACUUGCACAGUGUUUGGGUGCCAUCACCGGGGCAGGGAUUCUCUUCCUGGUUACACCAAGUGCUGUUCAAGGCAGUUUAGGUGUUACAACAGUGAACUCGAGUAUCUCAGUGGGUCAUGCCCUGGUUGUGGAGCUCUUGAUCACGUUUGAACUCGUCUUCACCGUGUUUGCUACCUGCGACAACAAACGUAAUGACCUUAAAGGUUCAGCUAGCCUCGCCAUCGGUAUUGCUGUAGUCAUCGGCCAUCUUUUUGCGAUCCCUUACACUGGAGCUAGCAUGAACCCUGCUCGCUCUUUUGGACCGGCCAUCAUCACAUUCAACUGGGAAAGCCAUUGGGUAUAUUGGGUGGGACCCAUUUUAGGUGGCAUUUUGGCAGCUGCAAUGUAUGAGUACCUGUACUGUCCAGACCCUGAAGAACUGAAGAAAUGCUGCAAAGAGAUGUUCAUCAAAGAUUCUUCAGGAAAAUACAAAGAGGUGGAGUGUUCCAUCAGCCAGCAUGCUGGAGAGCCAGAUGAUAUCACGAUCAGCCCUGGUUCUUCAAGAGAUACAGAGAAAGGGGAGAAGAAGGAGGCUUUACAGGAUGUCUCGGGGGACGGGUUGUCAUCUGUGUGACUAUCAAUCAUGCUGGUUAAAGAGACCAAUGUGUAACAAGUCUCCAUCACCAGUAUGUCAAGAUGAUUCUGCACUUUAUCCAAUGCUAAUGUGGCUAACUAUGAAUGAAAUCAUGCUGGAACACUUUUCCUAAAUAUACUUUAUUUUUAUCUGUUAAGACCUAAGGCUUGUUCCCAGGAGAACACGUCCUUCCAGUACAUCCAACAAAGUGUAUUUGAGCUGACGAGUGUCCUAUCUGUGUUCCAUUCAAUGCAACGAAAACUCUUUCAGUGUCUUCUAGGGGUGAAACACAAUGCCACUGUGUCUGUUUAACCCUUCAAAUAUUUGUAUCUGUGUCAUGAUUUUAAACCCAAAGUGGCUGUUGCCCAAAUUGAAAAUCUUUUAUUCUUAAUUAAAUAUGAAGCCUUACCACUGGAAACCCUGGAUAAAACCUAGAAUGUCCAGCAAUUUCAACAUGUCCUGUAAAUUCUAACAAUUCCUCGACCUCAACUACAUUUUUUGAAUUCAAGAUAUUUUUGUAAUCCCACUCACACAGUUAUUAGAUUUUUUUCAUCCAUCUAUGAUCUUUUCUAACAGGUUUUCUUGGUUUAUUUUUUAUUCUUUUCAAAAUAAAAACAAACUACUAGCCAAAUUAAAUCCAUCUGAACCCUGACCAGGCAAUUACUAAGGAUAAACAAAUGAACACUGUACAUGUUAAUUAUUUCCCACACUCAUUGUCCAACCAACUUCAUAAAACUUCAUAAAAGUCCCCCCACAUAAAUGGAUUAAUGUCACAAGUUGUACAGAAAGCUGAUUCUCAGUUUACACUACAUUAACUGAAAUAAUCAGUCAGGGAUUAAGGUUGUUCUAAGGCAGGUCAGGAGGACCCUCAGGUUGACCCUCAGCUCAGUUUAUUGUUCUUAGCAUAGAAAAUCAAGACUGGAUUUUGCCAAGCAAUUCUCUUUUUUCUUUUCUUUUUCUUUUUUUUUUUUUGCAAGCUCUCAUCACAUCAGAUGUAGCUAGGCCAAAGGAUGCUAAUAAUCAUUGCGCAAAAUUAUGAAUGUUAACUGAUCCAGAAUCAGUCAUAAAUAACAACACUGGAACUCAUACUAUUUACUGAUUUGUAAUAAACAUUGAUCGAAUUAUUAGCAGUGAAUAAAUUGGCAACUAUGUUAUAACUGUUGUAUAAUUGUGUUGUAAUUUUCUUAAAUCUAAACAGCAAAUUAUUGAAAUGAUGUAAAGUGGUGUAGAGAUUAUUAAAUAUUUCACGUCCAUAAAAACACCUUGAAUACAGGAAAUACUUUCAUAGGAGACAACCAAAAUGGACAAUAUCUAAUAUUUAAGAUCUAAUAUGUAAUCCAGACAGAGGUUGAAUUGACACCUUUAAAUGCUUUAAAACGUUAUGGUAGAUUUCACUGUCUUUAUGGACUGCAGGACCAAAUACAGAAGCUAAGAUAGUACAUAGUGUUAUAACAUGACCCUGUGGAAUAGAAUGUGGACUAUUAUACACUGUCACUAUCACACACACACCUCUGUAAGCUAUUAAACUGCACGUCUAUGAUUAUCAGACGUUUUAUUAUUAUUAUUAUUAUUAUUAUUAUUAUUAUUAUUAUUAUUAUUAUUAUU